CCUUCCAAUAAUACCUGCUGUGCCUUUAAGCUUUCCCCGCCGAAGAUAUUUCCGAUAUCGCCGCUUGAGGGUAACUAAUUUAACUAGCUACUCCCGAUUAGGGGUAGGUUAUGGCACCCCUUCAGCCUUCAGCCUGGCCACAGAAUUCAAGGAACCACCGGCAUGGUCUGCAGCAUGAAGGAGGAUUGAUAGGUGGAUGGAAGAAUUCAGGCGGCUGCAGCCGCAAUAGUAAUCGAGGUGCUGCUGCAGCACCGGGGAGGUCAUCAUCCUUCCAUGGGAGGACAACAACCACAACGACGGCCGACCUUCAGAAAGAGAUCAUGCGGAGGCCCAAAACGCAGCCGGACUUGCUUGCUGGCAUCGGUGGAUCUGCAGCCAGGAUUGGUGGCCGGAGAGUGCCUUGGAAGGUAUUGGUGAACGUGAAUAUACAGAGGAGCCUUGGACCGGUGCAGGUGAUGGCAUCUACUGACUGGACUGUCCACCAACUCAUCGCGGCUGCUAUCAAACAGUACCUCAAGGAAGGGAGGCGCCCCCUGCUGCCAACAACUGACCCCUCCGCCUUUGGUCUUCACUACUCUCAGUUCAGCUUUGAAUGUUUGGAUCCGAAUGGUAAGCUUAUCGGUCUCGGAUCUAGGAACUUUUUCCUCUGCCCGAAAGACACAACCACCACGAUCUCUGCCUCCGCCUCUGCCUCUCCCACAACCACAGCCUCCUCCUCCGCUGCUGCUGCUGCUGCACCUCCAUCAUCGUCUUUGUGCUCCACAGAAGCAGACAAGGCAGCGUCUAAGAUCACUAUUCCGUGGCUUAGAUUCAUGGGUUUCUUGUUCUAGACUAGAUAGCCAUUUAUCUACCCAGCAAAGGAGCCACCUAACUAGCUCCAUCAAUUAGUAAAUACUCCUCUGUCAUUAAUUACAUCAUAAUAAUUAUUAUUGUAUCUGAUUAUGUCGUUGAUUAUGUUUUCAAUGGAAACAUCCUUUCUGUGUGUUACACUUUCA